AUGGCUGACGUUCCAAAGACUAUUGCCUUCUUUGGCGCAACUGGAGACUGCGCAAGCUAUUGUCUGGCCCGAGCACUCCAAGCUGGCUACACCUGCACAGCACUUGCUCGGACUCCCUCGAAACUUACCGCCUCCCUAAACGCCAAACACGUACGCUCGUCAGACCUAGACACCUACCUUACGAUCAUUCACGGCGACGCCAAAGAUCCCAUCGCCGUCAAGAAAGCUCUCACGGCGCCCUCAGGCGGCAUGGUCUCGUACAUCGUGUCGGGCGUGGGCUCGACGCCGAAGUUUCAGUGGAAUCUGUGGUAUCCUAUAACGCUCGAGGAUCCGACGAUUUGUCAAGACAUUGGGAAGACGAUACUGGCUGCGGCUACCGAACUUGCCAACGACACUUCCACGCCAGCUCCACAGCGCCCCUUCCUCCUUAACGUGUCCACCACUGGCAUUCCCGCUAAAGGUUGCCCGCGAGAUGUCCCGCUCCUCUUCUAUCCAUUCUAUAUGUACGGCUUGCACGCUACACAUGUCGACAAGAGCAUUCUUGAAGCGGCAUUCGCCGCACACAUCAACAAGGCAGAAAAGGAGAGGGGGAUAAGAGCCUUUGUGAAUGUUAAACCCAGUCUACUUCUAGAUGGUGAAGGCAGGGGCUUAGGGGGUGUGAGGGAGGGACCUGAGGAUGCACCAGCCGUAGGAUACACAAUCCAGAGAGCGGAUGUCGGAAAAUGGAUGUUUGAGAGAGGCUUGAAAGAGGGUUUGAGAAGCGAGUACGUAAACCGCAGUGUUACCAUCACUUACUAG